AACACCAAAGCGUGGAAGGUUGUGUAUGUAGUUUGUUUGUGUCGAGUUAUGUGUUGCGGAUAAGAAGUUAUUAAUUAAUUGUUCCAGUUUAUUUCUACAAUAUAUUGUGUAUAUUUUGUUAAAUAAGGUUGAAUAAUGUCUUUUCCCAAUAAAGAUACGAGGAGAAGAUGCUGGGAUUCAAGAGAUAGAUUUUGGGAAUGUUUGGAUAAAAAUCAGAAUGAUUUAAGUAAAUGCAAGGAAUAUCAGCAACUAUAUGAAGCAGAGUGCCCAGCACAAUGGGUGAAGCAUUUCAAUCGAAAAAGGGAAUAUUUACAGUUCAAGGAUAAAAUGAUAAAUGAAAGCUAUGAACCCAUUGAUGAUGCAGCAAAAUCCUAGUAUUAAUUUAUUUUUACUUAAGAUUUGUCUUUAUAAACAUUGUAUAAAGUAGACAUUUUAAUUAAAGAAAUUAUGAAUGUUUACUGCGAAAUGAUGUCAAUGUCUAGUGUUGAAGUUUAAUUACAAUUUGAAAAUGCUGUUUAAAAAUCACAUUGACUUUAUAAAAAAUUGAAAAAAAGAAAUAAAAUUUUUAUUUUUAAAAAAUAA